AACCUAAAUAUGACAGUUGCUACCGGAGAUCCUGCAGAUGAAGCUGCAGCUCUUCCCGGUCACCCGCAGGACACGUAUAACCCCGAGACCGACCAUGAAUGCUGCGAGAGGGUGGUCAUUAACAUUUCGGGUCUGCGCUUUGAGACGCAGCUCAAGACGCUAGCCCAGUUUCCAGAGACCUUGCUAGGGGAUCCUAAAAAGAGAAUGAGAUAUUUUGACCCUCUCCGGAACGAGUAUUUCUUUGACCGGAACAGACCCAGCUUUGAUGCUAUUUUGUACUACUACCAGUCUGGUGGGAGGUUGAGGAGGCCUGUUAACGUGCCCUUAGACAUCUUCUCGGAAGAGAUUCGGUUUUACGAACUAGGGGAAGAAGCGAUGGAGAUGUUCCGGGAGGAUGAAGGCUACAUUAAAGAAGAGGAAAGACCGUUGCCUGAGAAUGAGUUUCAGAGACAAGUGUGGUUGCUCUUUGAGUAUCCUGAAAGCUCAGGCCCUGCCAGGAUUAUAGCUAUCGUCUCCGUCAUGGUGAUUUUAAUCUCCAUCGUGAGCUUCUGCCUGGAAACGUUGCCCAUUUUUCGGGAUGAGAACGAAGACAUGCACGGCAGCGGGCUGAGCCAUCCGCCCUACUCCAACAGCAGCAUGGGGUACCAGCAGUCCACCUCUUUCACAGACCCCUUCUUCAUCGUGGAGACACUUUGCAUCAUUUGGUUCUCCUUCGAGUUCUUGGUGAGGUUUUUUGCCUGUCCCAGCAAGGCUGGGUUUUUUACCAACAUCAUGAACAUUAUCGACAUUGUAGCCAUCAUUCCCUAUUUCAUCACCUUAGGGACGGAGUUGGCUGAGAAGCCAGAGGAUGGUCAGCAAGGCCAGCAAGCCAUGUCGCUGGCCAUCCUCCGAGUCAUCCGCCUGGUGCGGGUUUUCAGGAUCUUCAAGCUCUCGCGGCACUCCAAGGGGCUGCAGAUCCUGGGGCAGACUCUCAAGGCCAGCAUGCGGGAGCUGGGCCUCUUGAUAUUUUUCCUCUUUAUCGGCGUCAUCCUCUUCUCCAGCGCCGUCUACUUUGCAGAGGCAGACGAGAGCGAGUCCCAGUUCCCCAGCAUCCCCGACGCCUUCUGGUGGGCCGUGGUUUCCAUGACGACCGUUGGCUAUGGCGACAUGGUCCCCACGACCAUCGGUGGGAAAAUCGUGGGAUCCUUGUGUGCCAUCGCUGGCGUGUUAACGAUUGCCUUACCGGUGCCCGUCAUAGUGUCCAACUUCAAUUACUUCUACCACCGGGAGACGGAGGGAGAGGAGCAGGCUCAGUAUUUGCAAGUAACCAGCUGCCCAAAGAUCCCUUCUUCCCCUGACCUAAAGAAAAGCAGAAGUGCCUCUACCAUUAGCAAGUCCGAUUAUAUGGAGAUUCAGGAAGGUGUAAACAACAGCAAUGAGGAUUUUCGGGAGGAGAACCUCAAGACAGCCAACUGCACCCUAGCUAACACAAACUAUGUUAAUAUCACCAAAAUGCUAACCGAUGUCUAG